UAUUGUCAUCCCACUAAUUUUUUUUUAAUUAAAGAUUGGAGGCUCUUUCAACUCAAUUUUCUCGUGAGAUCAUCCCAUGUAAUUUGCUCGAGGUAUAACGGGCCUUACGUCCCCUAGAAGUCCUGCACAAAGCAACCGAAUCAGUUCGCUGACAAUUCAACCAUGUUAAAAAUUCAGGCAGAUGAUGGGAAAAUCCAUCUUCAAUCCUGAAAUUAUAGUGCCGAGGCAAUCUUAAUAGAUUAGAUAAUCAACUCUCAAUCACCACUAGAUCUCAUCGGAGAUUGCUAUAUUGGCAGAUUCUAAUUCGCGAUCUGGUACAAUCACAUGGCAGGGGCGGCGUCGGCGCUGUUCCUCCUUGACAUCAAAGGCCAAGUAUUGGUUUGGCGUGAUUUCCGCGGAGAUGUCUCCUCCGUCCAGGCCGAGCGAUUCUUCACCAAGCUCCUCGAGAAAGAGGGUGACCCUCAAGAUCCUGUUGCAUAUGAUAAUGGCGUGACUUAUAUGUUUAUACAGCACAAUAAUGUCUACCUCAUGACUGCAUCAAGGCAGAAUUGUAAUGCUGCCAGUAUUCUUCUGUUUCUACACCGUGUUGUUGACGUCUUUAAGCAUUACUUUGAAGAGCUAGAAGAAGAAUCCCUACGAGAUAAUUUUGUUGUAGUGUAUGAGUUACUUGACGAAAUGAUGGACUUUGGUUAUCCUCAAUAUACUGAAGCAAAAAUUCUCAGUGAGUUCAUAAAAACUGAUGCAUAUAGAAUGGAAGUUACACAAAGGCCUCCAAUGGCAGUUACAAAUGCUGUGUCCUGGCGCAGUGAAGGGAUCCAAUACAAAAAAAAUGAGGUAUUUUUGGAUGUUGUGGAGAGUGUCAAUAUACUUGUUAACAGCAAUGGACAAAUAGUGAGGUCGGAUGUUGUUGGUGCAUUGAAGAUGAGGACAUACUUGAGUGGUAUGCCGGAGUGUAAGCUUGGUCUUAAUGAUAGAGUAUUGCUCGAAGCACAAGGACGUAAUGCUAAGGGGAAAGCUAUUGAUCUAGAUGAUAUCAAGUUUCAUCAGUGUGUGCGUUUGGCUCGAUUUGAGAAUGAUCGUACUAUAUCAUUCAUACCUCCUGAUGGAGCUUUCGAAGUUAUGACCUACAGACUCAGUACACAGGUAAAGCCUCUUGUGUGGGUUGAAGCCCAAGUGGAAAGACAUUCUAAGAGCCGUGUGGAAAUUCUGGUUAAAGCACGAAGCCAAUUCAAGGAGAGAAGCACUGCAAUUAAUGUUGAAAUUGAGUUGCCCGUUCCCACUGAUGCAACUAAUCCAGAUGUUCGUACAUCAAUGGGAUCAUCUACUUAUGCACCUGAAAAGGAUGCAUUGAUUUGGAAGAUAAAAUCUUUUCCAGGUGGUAAGGAAUAUAUGUUGAGAGCAGAGUUUAGACUUCCCAGCAUUACAGCAGAAGAAGCAGUUCCUGAAAGAAAAGCUCCUGUACGUGUAAAAUUUGAGAUACCAUAUUUUACAGUUUCGGGUAUACAGGUUCGCUACUUGAAGAUAAUCGAAAAAAGUGGCUAUCAGGCUCUUCCUUGGGUGAGAUAUAUUACUAUGGCUGGUGAAUAUGAGUUGAGACUUACGUAAAAUCACAGCGAGAUGUUGAUCCAAUCCAAUUAAGUUUGCUUGAGGCUCAGAAAACUCACGAGUUCCAAUGCUUUAAGCUGCUUUGCAGGAGAUGUACUGAUUAGUUCAUAGGUUUGAAGCAAAUUGUUUUGUUGUGCCAUUUUUUUUUGUUAUUGUAUUUGACUUUAUUCUUGUAUGCUACACACAUUUUCUUGUACAAUGAUGUCUGCUGAUUAAUUUCAUGUUGCAUAUACUCUUAUAAAAAAAAAAAAUCAGUGUUGCAUAUUUGCCUAA